GAUGUGGAUUUUAGCUAUUAACAUUUACUGUAAUAUAAAUUAAAAUAGAAAGUUUUUACAUACCUAUUUUAAAAUAAUAUUAAUAGGGGCUCGUGCGCGGGAGUCCAUGUGGGCGCCGGCGCGGCAGGAAGCAGCGCGGGGUUGCCAUGGCGGAGCUGCAGCAGCUCCGCGCGCAGGAGGCGGUGGACUCUAUGAUGAAGAGCCUGGAGAGAGAGAACAUCUGGAAGAUGCAGGGCCUCACAUACUGGUGCAGCGCCGGCUGUUGUGAGGACAGCCAGGCGUCCAUGCAGCAAGUGCACCAGUGCAUUGAGCGCUGCCAUGCACCUCUGGCUCAAGCCCAGGCCCUGGUGACCAGCGAGUUGGAGAAGUUCCAGGACUGCCUGGCCCGGUGCACUAUGCAUUGCAACAACAAUGCCAAAGAUUCAAUAGAUGCGGGGAGUAAAGAGCUUCAGGUGAAACGGCAGCUGGAGAGCUGUGUGACCAAGUGUGUGGAUGACCACAUGAACCUCAUCCCAACCAUGACCAAGAAGAUGAAGGAGUGUCUCUCAUCCAUUGGGAAAUAG